AUGGACCCAAGAAAACAAACUCCAAUGAAAGAUCCUCACGAGCAAGAAGCACCGCAACGUCGUCGUCGUCCUCCUGUGUUGAUACGCACAAUACUUCCCGAUAAAAUCAUUCAUGUACACAGAGAUGACUUCAAACCACUGGUACAGAAUCUCACCGGAAAACCAUCCACCGUAGUUGAUGGAAUCUCGUGGUGGUUCGCUAUCUCCGGACUCUUGGUUUGCUGCUAUGGAGAAUGCUAA